AUGGACUCUGAUCUAUCUUUCCUCCAAUCAUGGCGCUUGUUUGUGGUCACGCUCUCUCUUUGCCUUGGAGCUGUUCUCUACGGACUUGACAUGAACAUUAUCGGCGUUGCCGCCCCAGUCAUAACAACGGAGUUUCAUUCUCUUGAAGAUGUCUCCUGGUACAGCGCAUCUUAUCUGUUAACCAUCACAGCGUUUCAGCCGUGCUUUGGGAAUGUGUACAAAUACUUCUCGGUGAAAGCUGUGUUUGUUGGGAGUAUUGUAAUCUUCGAAAGCUUACUUCAAGGGGCCCUGGGCAUUGUCUCAUAUAUUGUGAGGCUGGAGAAGGUCCCCAUGUACCAAGGCUUCGUGGCUGGCGCGGCAGCAGUCAGUGCAACUGCUGGACCUGUCAUAGGAGGCGGGCUCACUGACAGCACCGGUUGGAGUGAGUAA